AUGGGAAUAUCGAAUAUAUUUUUCCUGUUUCUAGUUUGUGGGGUCACGGCUAGAGCGUACCGAGUUCUCCCGGGGCACCAAGCGCCUGCUGAUGCACAACUUCUGGAGUCUCCGCUUUAUGGCCCCCUGUCAGGGGUGGCAUUCCACUUAAUCAUGAUUUCUGUGAGCGUUCCUCGAGCGCAGAGACAAGCCUUAAACGACGAAGCCCUUACGAAACUACUCGACUCAUUUGAAACCCGGACGAAUAGGCUCAAACCCCUGCUGGAAAAUGUGUUCGUGCUGCUGUCGAAGAAAAGUCCUGCAAGAAGUGACAUUGAAAUGCUGCAAACGGACUUUGACGCCAUACAAAGCAUAUUUUCACAGGACAACAAGUCACCGCAAGGGCUUUGUGGUUCGCUCUUGCUCCAUGUGCGUGAGGGAUUGCAAGAAGCUGCAGGAUUGCACUCUGCGGGCGUCAGUCGUUUGGAAUCCAUUCCCUCAGUGAUCACAGAUUUCAUUACUGCUGAUUACCUCCCGGGCGCCGAACGAGUUUAUAACCUGAACAGAAAGCUAAACGACUUUGACUAUGGGAAACCACAUGAUGAUUCUUUUUCCGACAAGUUGUACUCUGACUGGCAGAAGGCACACACUGGGAUUCAGCGCUCAGGGGAAAAGAUCCUGGCCCUGAUCGCCAAAGUGAAGAAUUCCAUCCCUCGGAUACCAGCACCAGAUGAGCAGGAACGACUUGCAGCGGCAUCCUAUUUUAUGCCAAAAACCCAGAACUGGCAGACCCUACAAUACAGGCUGAACGAAGCAGAGAAAAUGGCUACCGAGGUUGUCCACAACAUGCGGCCUACCAAGCCAAAGCCUGGAAAAGUGGUACAACUGAAUUUGGCUGAGGUAAUCUUUGCGUUCUGUGUAUAG